AUGACUGUAAAUAUUUGUUCCGGUCAUGUUGAUGGUGCUAAGCUUGAAGAAGAGUGCAAAAUAGCUGACAUAUGCCGCCACGACCAAGUGCCGAUGUGCGGUAUCGACUCAUGUGGAGAAAUGCGCACUUUUAUUGACACUUGCGACAUGCACGAAUUCAAUUGCGAUACAAGGAAAGAUUUCGUACAAAAACCGGUGCACGAAUGUUGGGUGACUUGCAAACGCGGCAGAAGUUUUAAGAAGCCAGCCUAUGGUGAAGGAUGUGAUUUAGAAAAUAUGAUCCAAUAG